AAAAGAGGAGCGCGGAGUGAGUGAGCCGGACGCUCCGGGAGGCGAGGGGGGCGGGGGGAGCACCGCCGCGGCCUCCGCCUCCGCCGCCUGGGACUAGGGGGUGGGGGACGGACAAGCCCCGAUGCCGGGGGAGACGGAAGAGCCGAGACCCCCGGAGCAGCAGAACCAGGAAGGGGGAGAGGCGGCGGUUGCCAAAGCAGCUCCGGAGGAGCCCCAACAACAGCGCCCUGCGGUGGCGGCGGCGGCGGCGACGACGCCUGCGGGGACCACUAGCAGCCGCGUGCUGAGGGGAGGUCGGGACCGGGGCCGGGCCGCUGCGGCCGCCGCCGCUGCCGCUGUGUCUCGCCGGAGAAAGGCCGAGUAUCCCCGCCGGCGGAGGAGCAGCCCCAGCGCCAGGCCUCCGGAUGCCCCAGGGCAACAGUACCAGGCCGCGAAGCCCCCGUCUCCAGCCCAGGGCAAGAAGAGUCCACGACUCCUAUGUGUAGAAAAAGUAACAACUGACAAAGAUCCCAAGGAAGAGAAAGAGGAAGAAGACGAUUCUACCCUUCCUCAGGAAGUUUCUGUCACUACAACUAGGUCUACCCGAGGCUGGCGCAGUAGUAGCAGAACUUCUAUCUCUAGGCUUCGUGACACCGAGAACACCCGAAGCUCUAGGUCCAAGACUGGCUCCCUGCAGCUCAUCUGCAAGUCAGAACCAAAUACAGAUCAGCUUGGUUAUGAUGUUGCAGAGGAGCAUCCAUUUCCAGGUGGCAUUAGUAGUGAUGAGGAAGAAGAGGAAGAAGAGAUGUUAAUCAGUGAAGAAGAAAUACCAUUCAAAGAUGACCCAAGAGAUGAGACCUACAAACCGCACUUAGAAAGGGAAACCCCAAAACCACGGAGAAAAUCAGGGAAGGUGAAAGAAGAGAAAGAGAAGAAAGAAAUUAAAGUGGAAGUAGAGGUAGAGGUGAAAGAAGAAGAGAAUGAAAUUAGGGAGGAUGAGGAACCUCCUAGGAAGAGAGGAAGAAGGCGAAAAGAUGACAAAAGUCCACGAUUACCCAAAAGGAGAAAAAAGCCUCCAAUCCAGUAUGUCCGUUGUGAGAUGGAAGGAUGUGGAACUGUUCUUGCUCACCCUCGCUAUUUGCAGCACCACAUUAAAUAUCAACAUUUGCUGAAGAAGAAAUAUGUAUGUCCCCAUCCCUCCUGUGGGCGGCUCUUCAGGCUCCAGAAACAACUUCUGCGACAUGCCAAACAUCAUACAGAUCAAAGGGAUUAUAUCUGUGAAUACUGUGCUCGGGCUUUCAAGAGUUCCCACAAUCUGGCAGUGCACCGGAUGAUUCACACUGGCGAGAAGCCAUUACAAUGCGAGAUCUGUGGAUUUACUUGUCGGCAAAAGGCAUCCCUUAAUUGGCACAUGAAGAAGCAUGAUGCAGACUCCUUCUACCAGUUCUCUUGCAAUAUCUGUGGCAAAAAAUUUGAGAAGAAAGACAGCGUAGUGGCACACAAAGCAAAAAGCCACCCUGAGGUGCUGAUUGCCGAGGCUCUGGCUGCCAAUGCAGGCGCCCUCAUCACCAGCACAGAUAUCCUGGGCACUAAUCCAGAGUCCCUGACACAACCUACAGAUGGUCAGGGUCUUCCUCUUCUUCCUGAGCCCUUGGGAAACUCCACCUCUGGAGAGUGCCUCCUGCUAGAAGCUGAAGGGAUGUCAAAGUCUUACUGUAGUGGCACAGAACGGGUGAGCCUGAUGGCUGAUGGGAAGAUCUUUGUGGGAAGUGGCAGCACUGGGGGCACUGAAGGGCUUGUCAUGAACUCGGAUAUACUCGGUGCUACCACAGAGGUUCUGAUUGAAGAUUCAGACUCUACUGGACCUUAGUGGAAAGGAAGACUUUGGGCACUGGGACAGCUCAGACUUUGUAUUUAAAAGAUAAAAAGGACAAAAAAAAUUUAAAGCAUUUAAAAUCUAGUAAAAUAACUGAAGGGCCUGCUCUUUCCAUUUUGGAUCACAGCACACACAUAUAAAUCUAUCCCCUCUUUUCCCUCUGUUGUCCCCUUUACAAAAUUGAUAACUGCCUUUACCAGAAGGUAGACAAAAAGAAGAAGCUUUUAAAGUAAGCAUUAUCCGCAUACUCUGUUCCAGCCAGGCAGACUUCCUGCUCAGCAGCAGAUCCCCUUUUCCAACCUGUAACUGAUGUGCUCUGGAUCAGCUUUUAACUCCUGCUAGUGUAUUACUGUCCUCGAAAGCCCUUCUCCUUUACUGCUGCCCUGUGGUUCUGGCUUCUACUCACUGCAGCACAGAUAUUCUUAAAGUAUCAUAUCAUUCUCUUCUCUGGAGGCUGGCAGCUUGACUUGGCACUUUAGGGCCCCUUAGCAGGGUGAGCUGUUAAAACAGCGUACAUCUCUCACCCCCAUUUCCUCCAUUACCCACUGGGUUUCGGAAAGGAAGGCUACAUGGGGACCACUCCGUCCUCUUUGACCCCAGCACCUCAGUCCCCCUCCCAACACAUCCAUAUGGUUCUCAAUGGUGCUCACUUGCUUGGAAGCAGGCUCCCAACAGGGAGGGGGCUGCCCUCUGCCUGGUCUCUCUGACCAUAAGACAAGGCUCUGUAUCAGUGAGACAUGAGAAAAGUCCCAGACUAAUGGCAGAAAUUUGCACUUUUAACGUGUGUGUUUUUGUGUUGUGGAACCUGAGAUUCCUUAUUUAUUAAUGGAAAGUCUGAUUUUUUUUUUUUAUUCGUUGCUAUAUUUUGUGGGGCUGGGAGAGAUUAGAUUAUUUUGACAUGGGGUCCUUUCCAUAAGAGGUAGUUUUGAAGGCAAGAUAUAAGGUUGAAGAAGCAUAGCCAGCCUCUAAAAUCAUAGCUCUCCAGUGGCCUUUUAAGAAAGCUGGUCCUCAGCACUAAUAAAAUCACUACAGUAGCCUAGUGCUUUUUCGGAAGCCUUUUAGGGAAGGAUGUUAGGUUUGUGGUUAUUAGUGCUCUGAGUUUUUAGAGCAUUGAGAUUUGGGAGUUUUGGGGGAUGAGGAAGGAUUGUUUAGGGUCUGAAUUACAUAGAAAAGGUUUUCUCUUGUGAAUUUAUUUUUUGUCCCCAUCUUUUACAUACCUUCCCUAUUGGCCCAACUCUGGCCCCUUGCUUUAAGUUUGUCUUUUUUGCUUUAUUGUUGGUUCAUUCCAGCUCCCGAUUAGCGAAGGACACUGCUAUUAGUGAAGGAAUAGUCUAUGAGCUAUGUGCGUACAGUUUUAGGUCAAAGAAAAUUGUGCUGUUUAGUUUCCCUUUAUUAACACUUCAGAAAAGGGAAAGGCUUCAAUAGACAAAGUUAAUAAUCUGUAUAAUAAUGGCCUUGGCUUUUACCUGGAAUUCUGGGAAUUACCAUUUCCUUGAAAGAGGGAUUUUCAUGGGGUGGAUUGCUUAUUACUGUCCAUGGAGGAGACUAGUGUUUUUGUUCAAGUUCCUAACUCCCAGAGGACUGAAAACCUAUUUUGACUCCUCUUUGAAUAAUUAGAAGGGCUAUUUCUAUCCUGUGUACCUCAGAAGCUGGAAUUGAAGGCUCGCCCUAUUCAUUGUUUGUCAGAAAUGUAUGAUGACUGUUGGAAAGAAUGAAGUUUUGCUGAGAGCCAAAUAAGGAACAGCUUGUUUUUCACAAACACUAAAACUACAAAGUUUAUCAGUUUUCUCUUUGAUUUAUUUUUUCCCAGAAAGGGUAACAAUGUCAUUUCUGAAAGAGGCUUACUUCACACCCACUAGUGUCAGUGGUUGGGAUGCUGGAGAAUAGGGAGUCAGACACCUACAGUGAACAGUCUUCAAUGCACUAUUGUUUUUUUUCCAGAGUGUAGCAGAGUUGCCAUCCCUCUAAUGUGGGGGUAGAAAAUGGAAUAAGGAUAGAAGAGAUGUAGAAUAUGCUUUCCCACCCACAGUAAGGACUUGGAGUUGACUUGGGUAGGUUGAGAUGGAUUGGAUGGGUUUACAGCAAAGUUGUUCCACUCCAGUGUAAGUCCCUUUGGUACUGUCCCACUAGCUAGCAUCUCUACUCCACAACUUACCUUCUGUCUUUGUCACAUUUAUCUUAUCCUUUGUCUCCAUGCAUUUGCAGUGGUAGGUCAUCAGAUAUUUUACCCACCUACACAAAAGCAAACUGCAUUUUUUUAAAAAAACUAUGAGAUGCGGGAAAAUAUGUUCUGCCUUAUAUCACCCUCCUCUCCCUGCCAGAAGCAACAAAUUAGUUCUAACAAUUAGAAACUUUGUUCUUUCUCCUUUUAUGGGUCCCUUUCAUAGCUACCAUUUACCUACAGUUUGCUUCAAUAAAUGAUUGUAGCAGUUUGCAAUAAAAUUUAAAGCACUUUUCAUGGACUUCUCCUUUGAGAAAGGGAUGCUAGCAUAGUGGACUGGGCAUAAGGAAACUCUCCUAGGCCCUCUUCCCUUUUCCUUUCUGCUCAUGCUGUUUACUUCAUUGUCCUUCCAAGGAGCUCUUUUAAUCUUAAAAUUCUGCAUUUUGUACUCUUAGUCAAAUUGUGUUACCUUUUGAUAACCUUCUCACUGCAUAUUCUCCAUCUCAAAUUGGCACUUCCAAAUUCUGAAAAUGUAGAUGAGACACAAGUAUUAUUUCUGGGAGAUGUGCUUCCCCAUUGUUUGUGGUUGCCCAGGCUUAUUUUGCCUGAGACUUAAUAUGCUUCAGAAGUUUAGAUAAACACUGGCCAGGAUUACUGGACUGAAAAAAAAGUAAGUAAAUAAGAUAAGGAAAAGCACCCAUAUAGAGCACUUGAACCUCCUUUGUACCUGUUUGGAGAAAAAUUAGAGUGUACUAAACCUAACUAAGAUUAUUAUAAUCUGGUUGUUUGAAGUACCAUUUUUCCUUCUGUCUUUUUCCCACUUUCAAGUGUACUCAAGAAAAUUGAAAAAUUGUAAUGGAUCAAUUUAAAACAUUUCCUAAAAGCCUUUUUUGCCUGUUGUAAUGUGCAGGACCCUUCUCUGAUGGGAGAGACAGGUAGUUAACCUGAAUCUAGGUUGAAAAGGUUAUGUAAAAAGAAAUUAUAAUAAAAGGGAUACUCUGCUUUUCAAAUCGUUGUUUUCUCUUAAUCUAGGUAAGGCAUAUCCAAAAUAAAUAUGUACAGAAGAAAAAUAAAAGUUAUCUUCAUGGAA